AUUAUUAGAAACGGAUAGUAAGUCCUUAAGGUCUGUAAAUGGGUCCAGAAGGAACAGCGGCUCUUCUCUUAUAUCAAGUUCAUCAGCCUCUAGCAACCUCAGCCACCUUGAAGAAGAUUCUUGGAUUCUUUGGGGAAGAAUUGUUAAUGAAUGGGAAGAUGUACGCAAAAAGAAGGAAAAGCAAGUUAAGGAACUUGUUCGUAAAGGGAUACCUCACCACUUUAGAGCAAUUGUUUGGCAACUUUUAUGCAGUGCACAGAGUAUGCCAAUUAAGGAUCAGUAUUCAGAACUCCUGAAAAUGACUUCACCUUGUGAAAAACUGAUCCGAAGGGACAUUGCUAGAACUUAUCCUGAACACAAUUUUUUUAAGGAAAAAGAUAGCCUUGGACAGGAGGUUUUAUUUAAUGUAAUGAAGGCAUAUUCUUUAGUGGAUCGUGAAGUUGGUUACUGUCAAGGAAGUGCUUUUAUAGUUGGAUUAUUGCUUAUGCAGAUGCCAGAAGAAGAAGCUUUUUGUGUAUUUGUUAAACUAAUGCAAGAUUAUAGACUUCGUGAGCUUUUUAAACCAAGUAUGGCAGAAUUGGGUCUUUGUAUGUAUCAGUUUGAAUGCAUGAUACAGGAGCAUCUUCCAGAGCUCUUUGUACAUUUUCAAUCUCAGAGUUUCCAUACCUCAAUGUAUGCAUCAUCCUGGUUUCUGACUAUCUUUCUUACAACUUUUCCGUUACCAAUCGCAACAAGGAUAUUUGAUAUCUUUAUGUCUGAGGGUUUAGAAAUAGUGUUUCGGGUAGGAUUAGCACUUCUUCAAAUGAAUCAGGCAGAACUGAUGCAACUUGACAUGGAAGGGAUGUUACAGCACUUUCAGAAGGUCAUUCCACAUCAGUUUGAUUGUGGUCCAGACAAAUUAAUUCAAGCAGCCUAUCAAGUCAAAUACAACUCAAAAAAGAUGAAAAAGCUUGAAAAGGAGUACACUACAAUAAAAACCAAAGAAAUGGAAGAGCAAGUGGAAAUUAAAAGGUUACGCACAGAAAAUAGGCUUUUAAAACAGCGCAUUGAAACAUUAGAAAAAGAAAGUGCUUCCUUGGCAGAUAGAUUGAUACAGGGACAAGUGACAAGAGCCCAGGAGGCUGAGGAAAACUACCUCAUAAAACGGGAGUUGGCCACCAUCCAACAGCAGAGCGCUGAGGCCAGUGCUAAGCUGGAGCAAGCUGAACAUACCAUCAGGGAGCUCCAGCAACAACAACAAUGGCAUAAAUGCGGUUCCAACUACAAUGAAGAUUUUGUGCUACAGCUAGAGAAGGAAUUGGUUCAAGCCCGACUGAGUGAAGCCGAGUCUCAGUGUGCACUUAAGGAGAUGCAGGAUAAAGUCCUGGAUAUCGAGAAGAGGAAUAACUCCCUUCCUGACGAGAAUAACGUUGCAAGGCUCCAGGAAGAACUUAUUGCUGUGAAAUUGAGAGAGGCAGAAGCUAUUAUGGGUUUGAAAGAACUUAGACAGCAAGUCAAGGAUUUAGAAGAACACUGGCAGCGCCACUUAGCUCGUACUACUGGGAGAUGGAAAGACCCACCUAAGAAAAAUGCUAUGAAUGAAUUACAAGAUGAACUGAUGACCAUUCGACUUAGAGAAGCUGAAACACAGGCAGAAAUAAGAGAAAUAAAACAAAGGAUGAUGGAAAUGGAAACACAGAACCAGAUCAACAGUAACCAUCUUCGAAGAGCAGAACAAGAAGUCACCAGCCUGCAGGAGAAGGUGCAGUAUCUUUCGGCUCAGAACAAGGGACUACUCACUCAGCUAAGUGAAGCAAAGCGCAGGCAAGCAGAGAUUGAAUGCAAGAACAAGGAAGAAGUGAUGGCUGUGAGACUCCGGGAAGCAGAUAGCAUAGCCGCCGUGGCUGAACUACAGCAGCACAUUGCAGAGCUUGAAAUCCAGAAAGAAGAAGGAAAGCUUCAAGGACAGCUUAACAAGUCUGAUUCUAACCAGUAUAUUAGGGAACUGAAAGAUCAGAUAGCAGAGCUGAAUCAUGAGCUCAGGUGCCUAAAAGGCCAGAGGGGCUUCUCAGGCCAACCUCCUUUUGACGGAAUCCACAUCGUCAACCAUUUAAUAGGAGACGACGAAUCAUUCCACUCCUCUGACGAAGAUUUCAUAGAUAAUCCCUUACAGGAAAGUGCUUUUCCUUUGCAUAGAAAAUCUGGCCCGAUGUCUUUGGACCCCACUGUGGCAGAUGGUAGCGAGAGCGAAUCGGAGGACAGUGCGCUGGAGAGGGGGAGUGAGCAAGCCAUUGCGAAGGAGCGGCCCCUGAGAAGAAGAGAGGCGUACUCGACCACUGUCUGACAGUCCCUGUGACCUAGACUGUGUGUUUCUUCAAGGGAUCAGUUAUUGUGUGAUUAGGGAUUUUUGGAACAUAUCUGUUUCAUAUGUACAUAGAGAUAUAUAUAUAUAUAUAUAUAUAUAUAUUUUACAGUCUUAUCUGCCUUUUUAUCUUUGCCAAAUUUUCACGUUUGACUCACCAUUGCCAUAAAGUAGUCUGGAAUAUGGUUAAUGGGUUAAAUAAAGUUCUAACAGUAUUAUUAAAUAUUAAUGUUCCUUAUUUAGAAAAUGCACCUAUAUGUGUGGGAACCAUUUUGAAGUUUAAAACUAUGGAAAAUUGAAUUUUCUUCCAACAAAGCUGCUCUCGUGCAAUAUUUUAUACUUGGUGAACAAAUUGUAUUUUUAUGUUUAUCAAUUUGUUAUCCAAGCGACUGUCUACAGGCAUUUGACCAAGACAUACAUCCAUUUUACCUUGUUUUUUGGUAUUUGGGAGGUUGUUUUAGUUUUGUUUUGUUUUUUCAUGAAAAUGACUUUUAUUAGUGGGCCACUGAAAGUUCCCAGGCACAAAACCUUUUUUCUGUAUUUUAUAAUCACAAGUUAAUGGUUAUCUGUUUGGAGAAUUAUAAGUUUUGUGUCCAUUUGUAUGUGCAUAUGAUGCCUCCAUGUGUUGGAUACUGGUCAGAAUAGUAGGUUAACUGCACAUAUAUUGUAUAUUUGUACAUAUUUGUAAAUCUGGACCACCUAACAUUGAACAUCAUUUUAUAUGAGGGACAUACAUGAUACAACAUGACUGCUUCUUUAAGCAUUCUAACAGGACUUCUGUAAAUAAUAGGUUCAAAGAAAUUUGAAAAAUAAAACCAAACACUAAUAUUUUAAGAGCUUUAGUACUUUGCUUAGCAUUCAACACUAGCAGAUUCAGAAACACUAUUGGUAAAAUAUUUUACUUCAUGUGUAUGUAACUAAUAAAUUUUUCAUGAUUAAAGAGGUUAUAGCACAUA